GUUCCGAUGUCCGACUACUCCGUACAAAAAACACAAAACCUCUCCCUAAUUAUCUUUCCUUGAAUCGUCCACCAGGUCCUGGAAAGCGUUAUAUUUACACCACGACUCCAUGUGCAAGGUGAAGUAACGUUGAGAUAUAUAUUAUCCAGUUCCACCUUGUACUCCGGCAAGUGACAUUGGUUUAGCGCCGGUGUGACUUGGAUCUAAACUUCUCCUCAUUCUUCUGAAAACAUUUAUGAAGAUAAAUUUUCUCAAGGACAUUAUACUUGGAGUUGCAAGAGAUUUUGCCAUAUCAUGUUGAAACGGGCUUCUGUAAGCGCGGUGCUUAUAGGCGUCUGUGCAUACUUAUUCGCCUCAUCCAGAGAAGUCGAGGAAAACUACGACCCUCCCAUCAUUGGCAAAAACAACACUCUCCUCUUCCUCACAAACGACCACGUAGGAUGUAAUAAUGUACAUCUUUCGACUGUAUACUCCCUACUCGCGAAAUAUCCAGAAACCGAACUGCAUUACGCUUCUUUUCCUAAAGUCGAAAAGAGACUGAAACACAUCUCAAGUCUUGCAGCCCAAACAGGGUCAAAGGCAAAAGACGUCUUUUUUCAUCCUCUGCCCGGCACUGGAUACGUUGAUACUCUUGCCGAGUUGUUCGCCAUCGACAAAGAACUUGAAAUCGGCUCACACGGACCCGGUCUGAAUACUCUUUCAAAAAGCAUUGGUUCAUAUAUCGCUCCUUGGGCAGCAGAAGACUACUACAAGCUCUACGACACUUGCGCUCGUUUGAUUGACGAGAUUGAUCCUGCAAUUGUUAUCAUCGAUACUGUCUUCGGCCCCGGGGUUGACGCUACAAGGGAUCGAAAUCGCUCUCAUGCGCUCAUCACUCCUAAUCUAUUGACGGAUUACCUGCCAGCGGAACAGCCAAAAUGGACCUUGUUUUGGAAGUAUCCUGCUGUAGGCUCUGGUCACCCGUAUCCGGUACCCUGGAGUCUUAUCCCACUCAACAUAUACUGCAAUUACAAGAUGAUUAGUGGAGUGUUGUACGACAAGAAGAUUGCGGCAAAGAGGGAGAUCUUGAGGGCAAUGGGAAUCAAGAAGCCAAUUGACUUCCUAAAUCUUUAUAAACCGAAUGUACCAUUCUUAACGCAAACUUUACCUGGUGCACACUUGCCAAUGAUGGUGAUGCCGAGGAAUGUUACAUUGACGGGACCAAUCAAUCUCGCCGGUUUGGAGGAGAAGACAUCUGCAGCAAAGGAGUUGUUGGAAUGGGCAAAAAAGCCGACGUUGAUGAUUUGCCUUGGGAGUGUAUUUCCUUAUCAACCAUAUCAAGCAGCAGUGAUGCUAGAGGCUCUUCAAAACGUUUUAAAACAGACUGAUGUCCAAAUCUUGUGGAAGAUGAGUCAACUCGACCUAUUCGAAGGCCAUGCUGUCGAGAAUGCGAUACGAGAUUCAAAUGGUCGUCUGAAGAUCGAGAAAUGGCUGGAUGUUGAACCUCCCACUCUUCUAAUAGAGGGGAACAUCUCUGCUUUUGUCCAUCAUGGCGGUGCAGGAUCCUAUCAUGAUGCACUCGCGUAAGUCUCCAAAUCCAGAUCCUUCUUUCCAAAAUGCUGUACUAACAACCACAGGGGUGGUGUCCCACAUAUCAUUCUUCCACAGUGGGCAGAUCUAUACGAUUUCGCAUCGCUUGUAGAGAACCUGGAAAUUGGAAUCUGGGGUUGUCGUGAAACCAGUCCAGAUUGGACAGUGGAGUGUUUGCAAGAGGCGAUGCUCCUUGUGCUCAAAGACAGCCCUGCCAGUUCAAAAAUGGCUAAAAAUGCGGCGGCUUUCGGGGAACAAGCCGGAAAGCAAAGAGGCCGUGAUGUGGCUGCGCAAGAAGUAGCACGGUUGGCUGCUUUGGGGCAUGCUUAGACUUGGUUGUGGUAGUCAAUCUUCUUGGAUUGCGGUGAUGCCAUUCAUUGGGUGGAGCAUUCCAGUUUCAUGGAUUAUGUUUUGAAAUAUUUACAUGAGGUAUAUUUUUGUUUCAGCGCAAGAGGGUUUACAUUAUUCUUGCAUACGUUAAGAAUCUAGAGAGUACAUUACAGUUGUCCAGCUUAAUUAGAUGAAUGUAACAAGCGAUCAGAAUAGCUUCAACGUCUAGGUACAUCAAAUCUUGGUUAUGAGCUGACUGCCUUGAUGAAUUCAUGUAAAUGAACAACCUCGCAAUAUA